GCUCAUAUGAUGAACAUGGUUAGGCCGCAAAACCUAGUGUUAUUACAAAAGGACAAUGCAUUAUUAUAAUAAAUAAUCUUAAAUUUAAUUAUCCUCUAUUUAAACCCUCCAACACUCAUUAUGAUUUCCACGUCUUCUCUUCUUCUUCUUCUUUUUUUCUCUCUCUUAUGUGUAUAUGUACAACAUAAUGGACAAAAAACCAUGCAACUCAACAUCAUCUCAUGAUCCUGAAGUGAGAAAGGGACCAUGGACCAUGGAAGAAGAUUUGAUCUUGAUCAACUAUAUUGCAAAUCAUGGUGAAGGUGUUUGGAAUUCUCUAGCCAAAGCUUCUGGUCUUAAACGAACUGGAAAAAGUUGUCGACUUCGUUGGCUAAACUACCUUCGUCCUGAUGUUAGAAGAGGGAACAUUACAACAGAAGAACAGCUUUUGAUCUUUGAGCUUCAUUCAAAGUGGGGUAAUAGGUGGUCCAAAAUUGCAAAGCAUCUUCCAGGAAGAACUGACAAUGAGAUUAAGAACUUUUGGAGAACCAGAAUCCAGAAGCACAUGAAGCAAGCUGAGAAUUCACAGCAACAGGGUAAUAACAGUAACAUUUCAGAGACAAAUGAUCAUCAUCAUCAUCACCAUCAACAUCAUCAUCAUCAUCAUCAAGCAAGCUCUAGCACAAGCCUAGCAUCCAACAUGGCACUGCAAAUUGAGUCUUACUCCACACCCUCAUAUCAAGAAACUUUGGAGCCAUUUCCAUCACAGUUUCCUCCAAUCACUGAUCAAUCAAGUUCAUGUACCAAUCACAACAUCAACAGCAACACCAACUAUUGGAACAUAGAGGAUUUGUGGUCUAUUCACUUGCUCAAUGGGGAUUGA